GCUUUUCACCUGUUGUUCAGCCGAGCCUGACCAAUGACAGUCCAAUACAUCAGCAUUCAGCAUGAGAGUCACCUGACAUCUCUUUUUGAAAAGGCCUUUAGGUCAGAGUGCAUUCCCUAAGGGCACCGAGCCUUAGAAAGGGCUGAAGUAAGCCCCUACAAGCCAAUGUAAGUUGGGCUUAGAGGGACAUUAGAUUAUGUUGAGACAUAGCCUAGCCCAGUGGUUCCCAAACUUGACCAUACCAAGGACCUCCAGAUAUGAUGCAUCCCAGCCGAGGACCCCAGCCAAUCAAAAGUUAUCAUUACCAUACCAGGAUACCCAAUACAACGUAGUCCAUUUAAUAUUUGCAUACUCCUGCCCAAAGAGACUGUAGGAUACACCUCAGUGCUUUUUUAAUUAAUGCAAGUGCCGUUUGUAGUUUUCGCUGUCAGCUUAAUGAGGUAUUAGCCCAAAGUCUACCAGUUAUUAGAUGAUUUUUUCUGUGCAUGAGGAACUAAAAGGUAUAUUACAAGAUGAAAUUUUUUAUUUUGGUAACGCUGUUUUUUACGUUAAGUCAAGCAUUUGGUGAAAGCUAUUUUGAGUCACUAUACCAGAGCAUGGCUCAAGCUCAGGAAACAUUGAAAGAAGUUGCCAUUAAUGUGAACAAUGGACUGAAAACUCUUGCACGAACUAUGAAAUAUGUUGAAAAUUUCAUAGAUUCGACUGUGGAAGAAGACUGCGUGUACUCUUGUCGUGGCAGCAAAAUUCCCAUUCCAAAUCCAAACCACAUACCCGAUUCGAAUGGAUGUGGCUCCUUGGGGGUCUUUUUUGACAAGGAGGACCUCUCGCUGCCAGAGAUGGAAAUAUGCUGCAACGAACACGACUUAUGUUACGAUACCUGUGGCAGCGAUAAGGAAGUCUGUGAUGGCAAAUUCAAAAGCUGCUUGUAUAAUACAUGCAAAGAAAAUGAAAAAGACAUGGAUAUGUUAUCUUCUAAGACAUGUAAAGGUGGGGCCAAGUUGCUCUACACAGCAACAAUGGCUUUAGGCUGUGCCUCAUAUAAAGAUGCACAGCACAGUGCAUGUAUCUGUGUAGAACCCAAAGAUGCCUUCUGGCAGCGGAAUGAACUUUAGCAGACAAUCCUUAUUUAGUACAUACACAUUUGGGUAUUGUAGUUACGGCAUUUGAUAUUUUAGUUAGUAAAUGCAGCACAGUAUACUAUUAUGCAUGACUUUCACUUAGGUAGGUGGUUGAAUUAUUUAAAGCAUCUUGUUUUCUCUUGUGCAAAUUCAAAAGGCCAGCUUUGCAAGUUACUGAGUCUGAAAUCACAAAUUCUUCGUUUCCCAUUAAUGUGAAGACAAGAAUUACUUCAGGGAUGGAAACAAAUACAGGUUUUAUUAUAUUGUAGGACACUUUGGCAGCUGUUUUCCUUCAGGUAUUCUCAUAAUUUUUGUGUUUAGAUAUGUUGGAGUAUUUGGUAGUGUUUCUUGAUUGGUUUGCAUUAAACUGUUAAUAUUGAACAGAUACGCUGACGUCCCAGGAAGUACGUGAUACGUAAUUGUUCUGUUCUUGUUACAGUUUCUUUGUAUUUUCUGGUAUUUCAUUUGAUUUCUAGUUGUCGUCAGUUAUUUAUACUUUAAGAACUUGCUAACCAGACAAGUCAUUUGGGAGUCUAUCUUGAUUUCGCAUAUUCUAGCAAAAUGUCCACGAUAUUAACCAUGUAAGCAGAUGAAUGAAUCGUAAAUCAAAGAUUUUUCCCAUGUACCUCAUACUAAGCUUUUGGAUUAGCUGAGGGCUCUUUAUCCAUAAAUUAUCAUAAUAGAACUACGUACGUACUUAAUAUAAUUCCCUUUAUAAUUACACAUACAGAUCUCAAGGAAAAGGUGAUUUGGAUAAUUAUUGAGACAUUUGUUGUUAAACUGAAAAAUGUUCAAGGUAGUUACUUCAUUGUGUUCCUUCAAACUCACCCAAUGAAUAAUAUAUGACUUAAAAGGAAAUAAUUUUUACUUUAAUUGCCAGUAACACCAGUCUCAAUAAAUAACAUAAAUACCAGAUAAAAGUAGGAAACAAAUGGGAACAUAUCUUUAUUAAUUGACAGACAGACAGAUGUAUUGUGUAAUUAAUUGACUAACAGUCAUGUUGAAACCAGCUGUAGAGCUGUCAAGUCUUAUGAAAUGUUAUAACUUGAGGACUUAGUUACUGUAUAAGUAACACUUCAACUUGGUGUACAUCUGUACGUACUUAUCAACUACCAAAUUAUGAUAAUUUUUCCUUGUGCUACCAUUUUGGAAGUGAUACCUUUUUAGAUACAUCUUAAAUGUAUUAAGUGUAAAGUAAAGGUUAAUUAAGGUUAGAAAUUAUGUGGAAUUGCUGUUAGCAGUAAGAUAUCUAGUUAUUUGAGAGCAGGCUACAAUACAGGCCCAUGGCCACUUAACGGUCGUUGUUGUACUACUUAUCAGAAAGGCCGACUCCCAAUGUCUAGUUAAGGUGAAGUGCUAUUUAUACAGUUUUUGCUUUGUCAGUCAGAGGCUUCCUUUGUGUUUCCAAUCACAGAUAUGCUUUAAUCAACUCUGUUGCUUUCCCCCACUUUCAACCGUAGUCUAUUCUUAACCCCGUUCUUGUGUUUUUGUUUCAUAGGAGACUAGUUCUUGUAAAUAGGAAUUAAGGCAGUGUUUGUGAUAAGUUUGUCUUUCAUAGAUUAUAUGGAUCUUACCCAUAUCUUAUAAAGGAAGGAAUUUGAGUUUGUUGUAGACUCAUAAAGGAAGGAAUUUGAGUUUGUUGUAUACUCGUAAAGGAAGGAAUUUGAGUUAGUUGUAUACUCGUAAAGGAAGGAAUUUGAGUUUGAUGUAGGCGCAAAGACAGUUUUAAGGUUAUUUCUACUGGAGGUAAUAAUUUUUUUUCAUAAUGUUUGCUGAAUCACUAAUACUGACUAUUGACUUUUGGUGUCUGUAGUAAUGGAAUGGCUCUUGUUGACCAACUUCUUUUGAGAAUUUUGAUAAUUGAUCUUUGUAAACGAUGAUUUCAUCAGAAAGGACAUAUAAAACAGCUGGAUGUAAAAUUCUAUAGUCUAGUAGCAGCACUUUCUUAGGUAGUCUUUGGUUAUUUAGUCCUUUUUAAUUUCACUUGGGUAAAUCACAUCUUGUCUCAUUAGAAGGGUAAAGUCUAGGUCUGAUUAGGUUAGGAUUCAAAUUCUACCUCACCAACCACUUAAAUUUAGGAAGACAGGAAUUUGCAUUUGUAAUGAUCUUUGAAGCUCUGCAAUUGAUUAGUUUUAAAACUGGAAACUUCUGGUGUAGUAAAGAUUGUUCAUUUUGACCCUGGUGACCUGCAAUUCCUUUCUUCUUGAUAGAAAGGAAGUCAAGAUCUGUGAUUAUACUAGAAUGUGACUGCUCCAUUCUUAAAGAUAUUUAUCACCGGUUGAAGGUGAUUCUAUUAAAUAGCAGUUUGUAUAGCAUGAAACUUGUUUUAAGAUAGUCUGUCAAUAGGCGAUUAUCAGAUUUACUACCAGAGGUUAUGUCAAGGCUUUAGCUUAUUCAAUUUACAUUUUUAAGCUUGGCAGUGUUAUCUAUUUGCUUAGGUCUUUUUUGCGUUAUUUCAAUAUGAUGGCAUUGAAGUCAUUUUACAUAUUUUAAAACAAAUUCUUGUUAGAAAAGUGCAGCUAUUUGCUGAAGAUGUUUUAUUAUGGAAUUAAUGUUCAUCUGCUGUAGAGCAUAACCAAUUUAUUUUGUGUACGGUAUGGUGAUAUUAGGUUUUUGUGCUUUGUUUUUCCAUGUUUUUUUUCCCUUGCAAAUCAGAUUCAGAUAAUUGUACUGAAUAAUGGGCAUUUAUGUAUUAAAAGAGUUUGUUUGAUACAAAGUAGCACAUUGUACAUUUUAUAAAAUGUAAAUGUAGGCCUGUUGUUACAUAGAAUUUAGGAGUAAACAUUUGAAAUCAACUAGUGUUAAAAAUUGGGUCUACUUAAUAGCAUGUGUAAGUGCUUAUAAAUCCAAUUUUUUGUAUACGUAUUAUGUAAAUUUUUGUGACAAUCAGUUAAUUUCUUAGACUGGUGAAGAUGCUUUGUCCUAGUGUUAUUGAAUCAUUUUCUAAUUGAAAGUGCUGUAUUUGAAUGAAUAUUCUAGUUCCUAAACACAGACCUUGGAAGGUAAUUUCCAAGAAAAGUAUUACUGCAAUUAUUUUCAUAUAGGCAUCACAGGAUGAAUGGUAUUGUAUUUUUAUAUAAUUAUAAAAACUAUUUAUAUA